AGCCCAGAAGUGUCUGCUUGCGAUUUGCGGUGCCUACGGUUGAAUGUAGACGCCCGUCGCGAAGCAAACAGCGCUUUGUCAGCAAAUCUAACCAUACAGACAUACUCAGCAAGGUUCAUUGCCGGUCUAUGUGAAGUUUUAAUCUACUUGGUGACGUGGCCCUCCGUGUCUGCAUGCAGUAAGGGGAGACUACUCCCAGUCCGCCAUGCGAAGACCCAAGGGUUUGAAUCUUCCAUUGAUAAAGUGUAACUUAUGUGACUUCGCAACCAAGAAUGAGUACAUAUACCGCCGCCAUAAAAACCGAUGUACUCGCGAACAUCGUAAAACAGUUCUAGCCAACACUGAAGUAAACAUUGCAGGGGACAUGGACAUGAAAACAGAAGCUGACAUGGAUGCUUUUGAGGGAGAGCAAGAUGCUACAGGCAUUGAACAAGGAGGACAGGAAGAGCAGGAGGAUGCUGGAGAGGUUGCCGUGGCGAUGUCCCCAAGCUCUGCAGGGACCUCACUACCACCACCAUUGGUCAACAGAAACUACAGAUGUUCACAGUGUACUUAUGCUACGACAAAGUCGAAGAUGUUUCUUUAUCACCAAAUUGACAGUCAUGGUGCCAAGAUUAACGUAUUCCCGUGCCAAUUUUGCGAAUAUGCAACCAAGUACAAACAUAAAGUGAGACGGCACAUUCAGUUUGCCCACAAGGAGAAACUGGCAGAAGGACGACUACUUCAUGGUUUUGAGGAAGGAGGCGUCUUGGGUGAACUUGAGGCAGCACAAUCCAACAAGUCCAGUCGUAAAGAAAAAACAGCUGGAUCGCUAUUCAGGAAAGCUUUGUCAAGGGUAUCAACUAAGAGCAAGGCUAUCAAGAAGAAACCGUUGCCACAGAAGGCUUAUCCUCACAUCAUGCGGAUUAAAACAUCCUCAGGAGCUGACAUGUUCAAGUGUAAACUCUGCCUGUACAGUGGAAAGAAUCGACAUCAGGCCGUGAAGCACGUGAAAGCUUGUCACACAGGAGCAAAGACCUUCAGCUGCUGGAUCUGUCCCUUUAAAACUAAGAGUAAGAAUGACUUUUACCAACACAAGACUACCCAUGGAGCAUCCUCAGCACAGUAUCAGUGUCCCGAGUGCUUGUAUGCGACAGACUUUAAACCAAAUUAUGACCGACAUAUGGAGAAUCAUAAGGCAAAUAAGCCAUACAAGUGUGAUAUUUGUAGUUAUUCCACUGGCCAUGAUGGCGCUUUGAAAAGACACAUGACCAAUCAUCAUCCUUUGACAGAGAAGAAUGCAUCGAUAGUAUUUGGAAGCGAGAUUGUUAAUACUGAGGAUAAUGAUUUGGAUGAUGAUGCAGUAGACAGGAAUGAGGAGGAGGAGAUGGAGGAGGAAGAAGAGGCAUUGGAUGUUGAUGACGAGGAAUAUGACCCUAGAGCUCCGGAAGGUGUUCCUGGCUAUCCUAAAAGAUCUGGAAAUCGUAAUUGUUGUGAGCUCUGCGGAUUGUCCUACAAACGACUCUCUGAUCUUGGUCGUCACAUGAAGAUUAAGCAUAACACAAGCUUACGGGAAAUGAAAGAGAACCCAAUCCAAGUUGAGAAUGAAAAUUCAAAUGAUAGUUCUGGUGGGGAGUCUUCUUGGACAAAAGCACAGAGUUCUUGGAAGGAUAAGGCUAAAUGCAAGUUUUGCUCCUAUAUUGCAAAAUGGCCUUCAGAUUUACGUCGACACAUGGCUGUUCAUUCAGUAGAGAAAAGAUUCAAGUGUCCCUACUGCAUGAAGAAAUACAAAUAUCUUGGUGAUUUAAACGUCCAUGUCCGGAGGGAUCAUAACAGAGAGCCUGAAGACAUUGAAGUGCAGAGGGUAGCCAUUGUUCCUCUGAAGAAAUCCUCCCCCCAGAUAUUUAGAUGUCCAGCUUGCAGCUUCACCACAAAAUGGAAGUCUGAGAUGGAGCGGCAUUCCCACAUGCAUAAGGAAGAAAAGGCCUACCAGUGUCGUAAGUGUGAUUACCAGACCUACUGGAGGGGAGACAUUGGUCGUCACAUUUUCCGUCACCAUGCUGACCUGAUGCCCAAAGAUACAAAAGAUGUCAACAUUAAAGAGUACAUGAUUGUGAGACCGGAAAGGAAGGCUGUUAAAUCCAGAGUUCACAAAUCAUUGCAUUUGACUGAAAGUAUCGACCCUGAUGAUUCCACCUCUUUGGUAAUUCCUGAACCGAUAAACACAAGCAUUGAUGAUCAUGAAUCCGACUCCCUGAGUACCACAUCCAGUGCCUCUCCUCAGAAAGAUAUUCAUGGAACUCCAUCGAAAUGUAACCAUUGCGACUUUGUCACCAAUGCCCCAUCCAAGCUGAAGGCUCACAUUGCGACUCACUUCAACCUUAAGCAGUUCAAAUGUCCCAUCUGUGGUCGAAGAUCCAACUGGAAAUGGGAUGUCCGCAAGCAUAUGAAAAAGGAUCAUCCGGAAUCAAAUGCUGACGUUCAGACUCUGUCCCUGGAAGAGGCUAAAGCAACAAUACAGGACUACCUUGACACUCAGCCAAAUGUUCGACGCGAGCACCACUUUAAUGUACAGCUUGCUGCUAAGCUGGAAGCUCAGUCCGGUGAAGUGAAGAUGAAGAAACCCUAUCAAUGUUCACUCUGUCCAUUCCGAUCAGAUUUCCGCUGGAGUGUCAGCAAGCACCUGCGCACUAUCCACAAUGGGCAGCUAGGCAGCAUAAUAUUCCUUAAAGAGAAGGAUAAGGAAAGAGACCCUGAUGGAUAUGUUUCUUCUAAGGCUGAGGGAGAAGAGAAACAGUCCAUGGCUCCUCCUCCCCCCAGCAAUAAACAUCACGAUUUGAGAGCUCCUAGCAAGAAGAACACCUUCCGUCAGCCAGUGCCCUCUGGUGACACUGACAUGGACAAACCCUACAUGUGCGUCGAGUGUGGGAAAAGAGGUGCAAUCAAGGGGGACAUUAAGAAACAUUACCACUAUAUCCAUCCAAACAAAGAGGUGAAACUGAUAUAUGUACCUGAUGGCAGAGAGUUUGUCUAUGCAGGAAACACCACUCCUCUCCUUGGGGUUGACACCGGAUCUUACAACCAUCAGUCUUCGAGUGGGAAACACACCGUCGAUGGCAAGGGAACAGCAUAUGGUGAGAACACCAAGUACAGUGAUCCAAAGACCCAUGGGUACUGUAAGCCGUUCAAGUGUUCCGUCUGCUCAAGACGGUCCAACUGGAAAUGGGAUGUGAAAAAGCAUCUCCGAGACAAGCACUCUGGCGAAGGAGGUUAUGUAAUAAUGCUGGACCUGAAGACUGCAAGAGAAACCUACCAUGCAGAGUGUUCACCUCAACAAGGAAAUCCUAUGAGAGAAAUCCGAGCAUUAGAAGCUCAAGUACAACAAACUGUAACUGAAGCAGACGCUGAGGUCAGUGGAAUGAAUGAGGACUUGGAUCGUUGCAAGAGGUUUAAAUGUGGGUCUUGUUCUUACAGGUCUAACUGGAGAACUGACAUAGGCCGCCACAUCAAGAGGAGACAUCGUCACAGUAAGACGAAAGUUGUUCUCUUGGAUUAUAAAGUGGCUAAGGAGACUUUGUCAAGCUAUUAUUACGACAGAACCUCCAGGGAACCAGCAGCUUCUGAUGCUUCUAUUGAGAACCUGAAAAAAGAAACGUAUAAGAAAAAAACUGGAACUGAUAUGAAGAAAGUGUGGAAAUGUUGCAAAUGUCCGUUUGAAGCGACUGUCAAGUCUCACAUUAUCCGUCACAUGCAAAAGCACAACAUGAAGCCCUUCACAUGCUGUCUCUGUUCUUUCUCAAGCAACUUCAGAAGUGCCUUGUACAGACAUCUGAGAUGCACUCAUGGCAAGACUGACUAUCCCACCUAUACCAAGAUCCUCAUUAAAUAUGGGAAAGGAUUUGCUGGAGGAAGCAGCAGCCAGACCACCUUAGAUGCCUUUGCUUUAGGGAACAGCCCAGUUCAGCAAGGCAAGACCAUCAUUACAGAGCAAUAUGUUGACUCAUACUUAUGCAGAAUCUGCAAUUUCCAGUCUCCUAAGGACUAUCUUGCCUAUCGUCACAUUCGAGAAAAACAUGGAGUUGAUGACAAGAGCCAGGUUUUGAAGAUUCGAAAGCGGCAACGGAUGGAGGUGCCGGCUGAGCAGGAGCUGCAGCCUCUGGAGGAUCAGAUGAAGGAGGAGUCGCCCAAUGAAAGGGGAAAGAAGUACAUGUGCAGCAUCUGCCCCUACAAAGCCACAAAACGAGGACUGUUGAAUUUCCACAUGACCUACCAUCAGCCUCAAGCUGUCAACAAGUACAAAUGCAAAUACUGCCCCUACUAUGUGUGCGCCCCAAGGCUGCUCCACCAACAUAUGAGGCUGCACACCAACAGGAAGAGCUGGCCCAAAGGACAGAAAUCACCAAAUGUCACCCCUAAGAAGAAGAAUGCAAGUCCAUCCGUUGCUGUUACCCCGAAGAAGCAUAAAUGUCCACAGUGCCCCUACCAGAGUAACAGUAAGAAUGACAUGUUGUAUCACAAACAGUUUCACAGACCGAAGCCAACAGCUGAGUUCAAAUGUGAGCAUUGUGAUUACUGGGUGACUCAUCGUCGACUUCUCAAGCAGCACAUGAAGAUACACGAGGAAUAUGAACAAGAGGUGAUGCUUCCUCCUCCGUUGACUCUUCUUCAAGCCUCACCAUGUAAAUCAGAAAUGUCUGAUGCAAGUAUUCUGUUUGAUGCUGUCGAAGUAGCUUCCUUGAAACAGCGUCUGAUUGGUUCGAAGAUCACUGCAAGUUUGUCCACAAGCCCAUCAGUGUCACCCAUGAAGAUUGCCACGCAGUGCUCUGUGGGCACUCGUCCUGGCUAUGUAAUGAAGAAUGGUGCAUACAAGAAACUACACCGAUGUCAGUUUUGUCCGUACACAAAUAUCCGGAACAGGAAUGUGAAGCUCCAUGAGAUGAUGCAUGGUGCCAGGAAGAGUGACCACCCGCUCAUGAAGUGUCCUCACUGUGACUACUAUGUCGGAGCUAAGGGACUCCUCUCCCAUCACCUGAAGGUGCAUCAGCAGCACUAUGUUCCCGACUUCAAUGACAAUCUGGUAGCUGAUCAUGCCAAGCAAGAAGGCCUUGGAGUUUAUGAUGAUGAUGAUCGGAGUUCAGAUACAACUGAAAUCAUGCAGGAGCAUAAAGUUGAUACUCUCUUAGAAAUAGCCAGGUUCAAGAAGUAUUGUUGUGAGAAGUGCCCCUAUGCAAGUGCGAAACGGUCUCACUUCGGACGUCAUUCAGAACUGCAUGGAAGCAAACAACGCUUCACGUGUGACUUCUGCGAUUACAGUGUUCCUUCAAACAAUCUCCUGGCACAGCAUCGCAAGUUGCACAUGAUGCCGAACCAGAACUUACUUGCAGCUCAAUCGUUGACAAACUUACAACAUCUAGCACAUGUACCGGCAGAUGUUGCUCUAGCAAGUGCCCUCCCUCCUAUAGACACCAAGGAGCCAAUCACAAUCAGUGUUAUUCACGAUCAUCUUGAUCUGUAUGAAAAUGCUCCACCAGAAGCUGAGUUUGAACCCAAGAAGUUGUACAGAUGUGAUCGAUGUCCAUAUGCAAAUGUUCGAAGAGAUCACCUCAUUGCUCAUCUGAAAUUCCACAUGGUCCGCAGCGAUCUUGCCUGUCCGUACUGUGAUUACAGUGUUUCAAAGCAGUAUCUCCUUACGCAGCACAUCCGUGUCCACUUCUGUCCUUUGCCGGAGCUCUCUGACUGGCUGGCUCAGAAUGGACAAACAGAUAGAGCCCAGGAGUGCAAAGAGCCUGACAUUUCAGAGGCCAUUGAGGUAGCGUAAAAGUUCCACAACGGGACACAGGAGAUAGUUGCACAGCCCAAAGAGGACAAGGCUGAACCCGAAGAGAAGAAAACCGUGCCGAAGAUGGAAGACACAGAGCCUGAUCCUCCACCUCCGGAGGCAGCAGCUUCAGAAGAGAGGGAAACAGAUGUGGAGAUGAAAGUGGACGAGCCGCAGCCCAGUACCAGCAAAGAGGAGUCCGAAGUUGUGGUCCCAGUUGAACCAACUCCUGGUCCUUCUUCAGCCAAAGAUCCCCCGAACCCAUACAUCUGUCAGUACUGUGACCGCGAGUUCACUGCCUCAGAGACGCUGGUCCGACAUGAAAUGCAACACUUGAUUGGAAACCACUUCGAGAAAUAUGUGACAUAUCCUCUUGAUAUUAAGGUUCAAGCAGCACCAAACGAAAAGCCUACACUCCAAGAAGAACCCGAAGAAAAAUCCAAAGAACCUUCAAACUCUGCAAGCGAGGAGGCGUCAGAUUCCACAGAGACUGAGACCAAACCUGAGGAUGCAGAGAUCAUUGAGGUCACUGUGGAAGAGAUAAAGGAUGAGCCCGAGGAGGUUGAGGAGGAGGAGGAGGAGGAGAUGGAACUGCCCCGAGAAGAUGUCUUGGACGAGAAGGUCAAGGAGAAGGUAGAUGCUGACGCUGAAGAUGAUGAGGAGCCCAUGGAAACGGUCGUCCAUCUUGCAGCCGAUGUGUCGUGAUGGAGAUGAUACUAUCAGAAUUCCAAAUAAACAUGCAAAACUGA